CCCCACCCGCCCUUAUAAGCCUGUCCUAAGACCAGCGCGGUCUCAUCCAGACGAUACCGGCGGCCCCGAAUUUUCCAACUAAUCUGCCAACAACCAACAACAAUGGUGUCCUUCCGCUCCCUUAUUGCUCCCUCGACCGGUCUCUUCCGCCAGUUUCUCCGCAAGCCUUUGGCCGGUGGCUUCCUUGCACGGUCAUUCUCGCAAUUAACGACUCUGUCUCUUACCAAUGGUCUCCGGGCUUUGCGCUCUGGAAAGGAGCAAGCUGGCAAUGUUAGUGUCGCGUCGACAGUGAGACAGUUGGAUCAGAUACGGGGAAUGAAGACCCGCUCGUCGGUCAAGCGGUUGUGCGAUGGUUGCAAGCCCGUUCGAAGAAAGAACAGAGUCUAUAUCAUUUGCUCGAAAAACCCUAAGCACAAGCAGCGUCAAGGAAAAUAAACGCAAAUCGGGAGAGGUGUACGACCAUUUCAAUCUACUGCAUUCAUGCUCGAUGGAUUUCGGAAGAAGCCGAAAAUACAUGAUGUGACGGCUCUUAAUACCGAGGCAGAGAUACUUUUUGUGCAUAUACUGGAUAUACGGGUUCUCUUUGAGACUGGGACUUUGUGCAUUUUGAUUUGAUUGGGAUAUGGGCGCUUAUAUUGUUUGCAUGUAUAUUAGAGCUAAGCAUUUCUUCUCAUUUUCCUUCCAAGUUCGUCAUGAAAAGACCCAAUGGGACUAUGCGCUUGCGGGAGUCUUAUCUAUAAGACCACCCAAGGCGCGUUGUGCAACUCUUAUCACCUGCUGAGCCUUUUUAAGCGUCGUAGAGUUACGCGCAUAAGGAGAGAGUUCAUAACUUGUUUAAUAUAUUUUGUCAUAUAUGUCCCUCUAUGACUGCAAAGGCUCGCCCAUGCCACCAAAGGUGACACUCUUGAUCGUGAGGAAUUCAUCAAUGCCGUACUUACUGCCCUCACGGCCGAAUCCGCUCUGCUUGACACCACCAAACCUAGAAGCAAUUAGCACUGGUGAUUUGUGAGCAGAGUACGGGGGUACCUACGGAGAAGCGACAUCGCUGAUG